AUGUUGAUUGGGAUGGACUUGACGACGUCAUUGCCAAUAGGUCAACCGAUAAGAAAUCUAGAGGGAAAGAAUAGACGAAGAGACGAGGCAGGUUUUGCCGAAUCCCCAAGAGUCUUGGAGAUUCAAUUGCCCGUUAAGAUAGCUACGAAGGAGGAUCUGAUAGCUUGGGCAAAAUACGUUAUGGGUUUGAUGGCCUCGAAGAUCAAUAUAACUUUAUCGUCGGUGAAGGAAGAGUUGUCGAGAACGACAGAUCAAAAUCGUUUGAAGAAACCUUUCAAACAACAAACCUCAAGUCAAACCUCAUCGAGAUUUACCGAUAUUAAAUCGAAAGAACCUUUGCAACCUCCUCCACGAUUAAAUAGUGUCAAACAAAAUAACAAUUUCUUACCGCAAUAUCCCAACUUUGGCACAAGGAAUACUUACGAUUUGAACGACGAGGAGGUGAUACGUAACACGAACGACGUCAUUGUACCUCCAGCAGCAACUUAUCUUCCCGUGCCGGUAACCAAUCCUGGAAUAGAUUCACGAUACAGACAACAAGAACAAUCCAUCGGGAAUUUGUUCUUCGAUAAUCUCGAAAGAAACUUAACUUCUAAUAAUUUCGGUCUUAAUACGUUUCACGAUGAUUUAUCCCUUAAAAAGUUUCUUAACAAUCCCGUUGAAUUAUCGUCGCCGAUAAGAUUUAAUAAUUUUACGACGUUACAAAGAAACUUGACCGAUCCUAUUCUACCACUUAUAAGCGUACCCUUCGAGGCAGUGAUAACUAUAACGAGAGAACAAUCGACCGAAUCUACUAUACCACCUAAUAAAACGAAAAAUCUCUUGGUCAUACCAAAGAGGGAUCCACCAGACGAAUUUCCUCCCUAUUUCGAAAGGAAUUAUACUCUGAUCGAUCAGGACGGUCAAAUAAAUGUGAUAUUCGAUGAUUUCGUUACGAGAGAUAACAAUAAUGGCUCGAAGAAGAACGUUAGGCAAGAGACCGAAAAAGAGAAGGACGAAAAGAGACGACAGCCUACGAUGCUCGGUGAACUCCUGCAACUUCUUCAAAUUUUAAGAAAAAAUUCGCAGAACGACACCAACGCGAAGAUAACCACAUCGAUUUCGAAGAUCAUUAAAGGUAUGAAGCCGCAGAAGGUACAAAUCGCUCCAGCUUAUAACGAGGUAAUUCUUUUAUCACUGUUUUUCUUUUCUCUCCGUAUAUUUCAGUCCACGUUAACAAAAUUAACAACGAAGGAAGAACUUAAUGAAACUAAUUCUGAUUCGCCGGAACUCGAACAACAGAUUAAUGACGAUGAUUAUGACGAUGACGACACUAUGGGUGGAUCAUUACAAUCCUUGCUUGAUUUAUUGCCAUUAGCUGUGCCGAUUUUAGAAGAUCUCAGUGACCCAGAGUCGGAGACAGAUCUGGCUGAGGUUUUACAAGCUGCGAUACCUCUGGUACAAGGACUCUCUGAAGGUGACGGAGAAGAUGGUGUCGAUAUUCCUGGGGCCCUAGUACCGAUCUUGUUAAAUCUCAGCGGAGGUAAGGAUGGACGAGGAAGCGACGUAGCGGCUAUAGCUGGACCACUUAUUCAAUUGAUAGCACCAUUGAUAGGACCAUUGAUCGGCCCUUUGAUCGGUCCAUUGAGUCAUUCGAGCAAUCCCCCUUACGGACAAGGUGGAUCGUCUUUAUCGGCAUUGGUAAAGUCCGUGGCAGGUCCAUUGAGUACGCCAACCGGACCAGGAAAAAUGUCACCCCUCUCGAAUUUAAUUGCCGGGGUCGUUGCUAGUCUAAGCAAAGAAAUUUCAGUUCCUGGAAAAGGUGGUUACGGCGGUGGAGGACUCGAUUUAUCGACAUUAAUUAGUACAGUCGUGUCAGGCUUCCUAGCAGGUACUAGUGCUGGGCUUAGUGGAUCAUCGAAAAGCGAUGGUCACAAGGAUUCUGCAUAUUCACCUACCAGCUAUGGUGAUUAUGGCGGAUAUGGUCCUGCACCAGCUAACAUGGCGAAUCCCGCGAAUCUGCUCGGAACUUCCAUCAAAGGCAUAAUCAACGGUGCACUACAAUUAGUCGGAUCCCUUCUAAAAGCAGUGACAGGAAUCUUAGGUGCCUCGUCGCAAGAACCAACACCUUCCUAUGGACCACCUACAAGUUAUGGAUAUCCUACUACAAGAGCACCUCCUUACGCUUAUAACUCUUAUGCUAAUUCUCCAAUUGGACAAACACCACCGCCAAGGCAAACGAAUGUGAAGAAACGUAUUAUUUAAUAUUCAAUUACUCAUUCAUUUCUUUUUCAUUUCUAUUCGACUAUCGAAAAUCUUGAUAUUUGUUGGACUCACAUGUCGUUUUAUAUUUCAUAAUUAGUAAAAGUCUCAAAAGGAUAGAUCAUUUUAAUAGAAUCGUGCUAUUAUUAUUAUUAUUAUUAUUAUUAUUAUUAUUAUUAUUAUUAUUAUUAUUAUUAUUAUUAU